AAAAAUAUACCAUUUUUACUCUCAAGUUGAAAUGAGUGCAUUCAAUUACUCUGUUGUGUAGGGAGGGAAGCUAAGAAGUGAAGAUGGGUGAGAUGGAAGAGACUUGUGAAGGCUUUUCUCCUUUAAUUAGCAACAUGGUUGCAUCAGAUGCACCUCUAUUUACCCGACUACCCACUAAUAGCAAUGGAUACGUCGCCGCGACGACAAGAGACUUAUGGAAUUGCCUACUUGAUGAAGGGUACAAAGCCGAUGUUUGUGUCCACACCGACAAUGGUGGUGUCAUCCACGCCCAUACCGGUGUUCUUGGCGGCACUUCUCCAGUGUUGAAGAACAUGUUGACGCAGUCGAAGGUACGCCCGCGAUCAAUCUCCAUUCAUGGCGUCCCACAUCAAGCUGUGCGGGCUUUCAUUCGCUAUCUAUAUUCUUCAUGCUAUGAGCAUAAAGAGAUGGAUGAAUUCUCCUUACAUCUUCUAGUGUUGUCACACGUGUUUGUGAUCUCCUCAUUGAAGAAAGCGUGCAGCCAUCGAUUCGAGAUGGGCCUUCUCACUGAUGAUAAUGUGGUCGACGUCUUCCAAAUGGCCCACCUUUGCGACGCCCCACGCCUCCGCCUCAUCUGUCACCGUUUAAUCGUAAAGAACUUCAAGGUCAUCUCCACCACCGAUGGAUGGAGAGCCAUGAAGCAUAGCAGACCCCAGCUAGAAAAGGAGCUUCUUGAAUCACUGAUUGAAGCAGACUCGAGAAAGCAAGAGAGGUUGAAGAAAAUUAAGGAGAAGAAGAUAUAUCUACGGCUAUCGGAGGCGAUGGAAGCGCUUGUUCAUAUAUGCAAAGAUGGAUGCCGGACGAUUGGGCCACAUGAUCAGGUCCUCAAGGGAAACGGCGUGCCUUGUGAUUUCCCAGCAUGCAAGGGGCUCGAGAUGCUCAUCCGUCACUUCGCCGGCUGCAAGGCCCGAGUGGCGGGUGGCUGCACCCAUUGUAAAAGAAUGUCGCAACUCCUGGAGCUGCACUCGCGAAUUUGCGCUACGUCGGAUGUGUGUAAGGUCCCCCUGUGCAGGCAUUUUAAGAAAAAAUUGAAGCAUCAACAUCAGACCAAAAAGGAUGAGCGUAGGUGGAAGUUGUUGGUGAGCAGAGUAUUGGCUGCGAAGCACACCGCUGUAGCGUCGGUAUUUCCAUCCGCCAUUGCCGUUGUUUCCACGUAAGGCCAUGUGUGCGAUCCACACACCAUGUAUAGAAAAAAAAAAAAAAAAAAACGAUAAAUACAUUGUAAAUGUGUGAUGUUAAUCAAAGAGAUUAAAUGGCAUAAAUGAUGACGUUUUGUGAAGUGUUGUUUUCCAUACAUGUAUCUUGAAUCGAGCCGUGACUUGC